UAGUAGACCUGCUCAAAAUACCCACUAGAGAUGUGAAUUGUGCCAUUUUCCCCACAAUCCCCCUUGAUUCUUGUGUGAAGUGAUGUAUUCAAAUGCAUUUUCGUAGAAAAUGAGCUCCGUAGAUGGUUCUAGAAGUGCUGGAGUUCUGCUGAAUGGAGCUCAAGUUCUCACGUCUACUCAGCUGAUGCUCUUCAGAAGUAUUUCAGAUCUGGCGCCGGUUCAUUGGGUUUCAAUAGCAUUACACAUGCGAGAUUGUGAAUGCAGUGAUGAAUAGAGAUCGUGACUCAAAAUACCUGCUUCACUUCCGCCUCUCAGAGGUUCAGAUGAGAAGAUGGAUCCAUUUUCAGUUUACUGCGCAAACACAUGACAACAUCACAGUAUCUCUCUCUGUUCCUCUCAGGCCAAAAGUGUUUGGCUUCCACUCAUUCAUUUAGAAACCACACGUUUGUUUGUGCAUGACUGUGUGAUGAUGAUUGGCACCUCUCUAAUCCAAUGGUUGGUCAGGAUUCAGAGGGGGUGGAGAUCAUGUUGGGCGUGUGUUCCUCCGGGCUCCUCAUCUACCGCGACAGACUUCGCAUCAACCGCUUCGCCUGGCCCAAAGUCCUCAAGAUCUCCUACAAACGCAAUAACUUCUACGUCAAGAUCCGUCCAGGCGAGUUUGAGCAGUUUGAAAGCACGAUAGGCUUUAAACUACCCAACCACAGAGCGGCCAAGAGGCUGUGGAAGGUUUGUGUGGAGCAUCACACGUUCUUCAGGUUGGUUUCUCCAGAGACUCCGCCUAAGAAGUUCCUCACACUGGGUUCUAAGUUCCGCUACAGCGGCAGAACUCAGGCUCAGACCAGACGGGCCAGUUCCCAGAUUGUCCGUCCGGCGCCGUACUUCGAGCGUUCGACCAGCAAGCGCUACACGAUGUCACGGAGUCUGGAUGGAGCUCAGCGGACGCCAGUCAACACGGCGACAGUCAAUGUAAAUGGCACUAGACCAACAGAUAUGGGUACGGCGUUGUACGGCACAGCCAAAGGCAUUGCCAUAGGUGACCUCAUCACCACGGUAACGCCGGAGAAGAAAGUGGAGGAGACGCGUGAGGAGACGCGACCGGUGCUGGUGGAGAGUGUGGUGGUGCUGGAGGAAGAGGACGAGAUAACGAAAGCCACGGAACUUUUGCUGCCGAGCCCACUGACACCGGCCCGACAGGACACACGGACUGAUUUCACAGACACCGCUGUCGAUGGAGAAUUAACGGCCACCGAGUCGGAUCAGGAGGACGAAUCUGAAGCAAAGACGCUGGAGAUCGAGCAAACGCCAGACGAGCUGCUGAAGCAUCAGACCAACAUCAGCGAGCUGAAGCGCACGUUCCUGGAGGGAGGACCGGAGCGCACGGGGCUGACCGAGUGGGAGAAGCGUCUGUCCUCGUCUCCGCUGCGGUCUCCACGUCUGGACGAAGCGCCCAUGAUCGAGCCGCUGGAGCCGGACGAGGUCAAACAGGAAGCAGCGGUGGAGUCACAGGAAGUGACCGCAGCAGCAGCUGUGGAGCCGCAGGACGGUCUGACGGUUGAUGUGGAGUCUGACGGGUGGGUCAUUAUAAACAAGGUUCCUCCGUUUGAACCAGAUAAACGUCCUCCAGUCGGAGCUGAAACGGUUUCUCGUAAGAUACCAGAGAAGGUUUCCACCGUAGUAGAAGAACAACAUCCUCCAACAUCCUCCGAAAAACCAUCUUCCGUCACAUCUGAAGAGGUUCCUCCAACAAAAACUGCUUCGGAGGUUUCUAGCAUAGUACAGGAGAAGUGUCCUCCAGAAAGACCCUCAUCCGUCGGAUCCGAAGAGGUUUCGCCAAAGAAGACUCCUCCGAAGGUGCCAGAAAAGGUUUCUACGGUAGUCAGAGGGAAGGUUGAACCCAUAAAGGUUCCUUCUGUUGGUUCUUCAGAAGACGCUCCUCCUAAAGUACCACCAAAAGUCCCUCCGAAGGUUCCAGAGAAGAAACACAUCGCCAGCUACAGGUUCACAUCCGCCGAGCCUCCUGAAGACAAGCCCAGAUCUCAAGAAGGCUUCUCCGUUGUGUCCGAGCAGUUCAGUAAGAUGUGUCUCCGCUCUCCUGUGGAUCUCAGCGGAACGUCUCCGACGGCUCGAGUGCCUAAGCCCAGUUUCGAUGAGAUGUCUCCUGAGCUCACGGCGCUCUUGCAGUCCACUCGCAGCUGGGCUCCGUCUGCGUCUGCGUCUCCGGCUCUGAUCGCGCAGCCGCAGGCUUUACACAAGCCUUCAGAGAGUCCAGAGAGGCAUCUGGCUGAAGAAGAGGAUCAGCAGCCGCCGGCAGAGGAACCGCUGGACCAGCCUCAGUCGGGUGUGGUGAGUUUCUCCAGGACUCUGUCAGGAGACACGGACACACAGAUCCACACGGAGAUGAAGACCAUCACAUACGAGUCCCUGCCGGGCGAGACGGACGGAGACACUGAUCCUGGCGUUCUGCUGAGCGCUCAGACCAUCACAUCAGAAACCACCAGCACCACCACCACCACACACAUCACCAAGGUACUGACCGCUGCUGCAUUACUGACCAUCAGAACCAUCAGUGGCGAGACGGACGGAGACACUGAUCCUGGCGUUCUGCUGAGCGCUCAGACCAUCACAUCAGAAACCACCAGCACCACCACCACCACACACAUCACCAAGGUACUGACCGCUGCUGCAUUACUGACCAUCAGAACCAUCAGUGUCUGA